AUGAGAAGCUGGGGCUCGAGCAGCGAAGACCAGCCUGAACAACCUAUCGCUUCUUCUUCAAAAUUAAUGCCAUCCACGAGCGGUAUCCCGGGUGAGAUCGCAACAGGUGCAUCGGAGAAGAAACGAUCCAAAUGGGAUGAAAACGAUCAAGGUUCACCAUCUUCACCAACUGCAUCAAUUCCAGCUAUAAAACGACGUUUGGUUCGACCGAGAAAGAUACGUCGGCCUGAUGAGCCUGAGCUUGAGCCUGAACCCGAGCCUGACAGUCUAUCUGAAUCCGCUCCAAACCAUGCACCUCUUUCACCCUCUAUACCGACCCCAAUAGUACCUGUAUCUGAUCCGAGCGUUGUGCAGGAAAUAUCCCAACCAGAAGCUAUAAACCCAUCAAUCCCGUCUCCCAUUCAGCGCCCUCAUCGGCCUCCCCCUCCCCCGCCUAUACAACUGCGUACGAUAACACCCAUACCGAAAUCAAGAUAUGCUCCAUCGAGAUCCGCGCAUCCACCUCUGAUAUCAUGUAGAUCAGUAUUCAAGUAUACACGACUGAAUCAUAUUGAAGAAGGUACAUAUGGAGUGGUGUUUAGAGCUAGAUGUAAUGAUACCAAACAAAUCUACGCUUUGAAGAAAUUGAAGUUAGAUGAAGAAAAACAAGGAUUCCCAAUCACUAGUCUGAGAGAAGUGAUGGCUCUGAUGACUGCUGGUGAACAUCCAAAUGUCGUUGGAGUGAGAGAGAUCGUUGUUGGGGAUACGUUAAAUCAGGUAUUCAUCGUAAUGCCAUUUAUAGAGCACGAUUUGAAAACUUUACUAGCCGAUAUGCCUCAUCCUUUUUUACAAUCAGAAGUGAAAACGAUAAUGUCGCAACUACUAUCUGCUGUAGCUCAUUGUCACGCUAAUUGGAUUCUCCAUCGCGAUUUGAAGACAUCAAAUUUAUUGAUGAAUAAUCGAGGUCAAAUAAAAGUAGCGGAUUUCGGUUUAGCUAGAAAAUUUGGUGAUCCACUAGGUGAAAUGACUCAAUUGGUAGUUACCCUCUGGUAUAGAUCACCUGAGUUGUUACUUGGGGCGAAAGAAUAUACGACAGCAGUAGAUGUAUGGUCUAUAGGGUGUAUUUUCGCUGAGUUGAUGCAAGGAGAAGCGUUGUUUCCUGGUAGAGGUGAAAUUGAUCAAAUCAAUAGGAUAUUCCAAUUAUUAGGAAGACCAAACGAUGAAUUAUGGCCUGGAUAUUCUUCUUUACCAUUAGUACAAAAAAUAAAUCCUAUAGGACCUAUGUUCUCAACGUUAAGACAGAAAUUCAAAUAUCUUUCUUACGAGGGACAUAAUUUAUUAUCUUCUUUAUUAUGUUAUGAUCCUGAAAGAAGAUUAUCAGCUGAACAAGGUGGUAAACAUUCUUAUUUCACUGAAAACCCUCUACCUAAACAUCCAGAUCUAUUCGCUUCAUUCCCUUCUCAAGCUGCAGGAGAGCGAAAACAUAAAUCCUUAAUCAGUCCUUCUGCACCUGUAAGAAUGGAUAGAAUACAGAAAGAUACAUUGGCGGAUUUGGAUUCCUUUGUGUAG